UCAAUGAAGUUCUGUCAGAAUUAGCUGCUUGCACUACACCACUAGAAAUAUAAACUAUCUGCUAGGAUGUUUUUUUGUGGGGAAUCAGAAAAAUGUCAUUGUUAACGUUCUGUUUCCAUCCGAUAUGCGACAGAUGGAGGGUCUGGAGGAGGUACUAGCUCCACUGAGUAAAUGUAAGACAAAUUUUAGAUAUGCAAUUAAAUGCUUAGUUAAUGAUAUCAAUUGAUAAAAGCCUACUGCAAUGUUCUUUUCCCCACCCUCCACAAUAUACUCGUGUGUGUGUGACCAUGUAUAAAAAGAAUAGUUUGCUGCACUGAGGAAAGACACCAACAAAUGAAUCAUGGCACUAGUCCAAUGUUAAACCAGACAAGAUGGGCAAGGCUACAGCAAAUGAUGCUAAACAAAAUUUAGGAUGAUCAGGAGUUAUUUAAGUGAUCAUAUUAACCCAAAGUUAUGACCUAUGCGCCUGGACUGUCACCACCACAAAGCAAACGACUUUAAGGCCCAUUAUUUGUUUCAGUAGAAUAAACUGCUCUGCCUAAUUCUUCCCCUGAGGUAAAGGGGACAGUGACUGGAUUAUAUCCAAAGGAAUUAACAUUCAACAGAAACAAAGUAGCUCAGCUUACAUCUUAAAAAGUUGGUUUAACAAAGAGCAGAUAUUAAUUAUGUACAUUGUAUGCUUUGACUUGACCUAUCAAAGGGAAAAAGAAUUCUCUUUAUCAUUACAGGACGUGUGAUGAGAAAAAUGGAGAUCUGGACUUUGGUUAUGUGCCUCUUAAGUAUAACAUGUGCUAUUCCACUGCCACAGCAUCCUGGUUAUAUCAAUUUCAGUUAUGAGGUAAUGACACCUUUAAAAUGGUACCAGAGCCUAAUUGGGCAUCAGUAUCCACGCUAUGGCUAUGAGCCCAUGGGAGGAUGGAUGCACCACACUUCAGGGCCAAUGCUCCACCAAACUCAUUUUCAAGGGCUCCAUCCAAUGCAUCCACCUCUCCACCAAAUGCAGCCACAGCAGCCAUCUCUGAAUCCACAGAUGCAGCAACCUGGGCAUAGCCCAUUCGUGCCAAUGACUGGGCAAAGCAACGUAAUACCACACUAUCAACCGGCUCAUGCAGGACCAGCCCAACAUCCCCUCCCACCACAUGCAGGAGAGCACCCAAUGCAGCCCCCGCAACCAGGGAACCCAAAUCAUCCCAUUUAUCCCCAGCAACCAGGGAAUCCCAGCCAGCCAAUGUAUCCAAUUCAGCCACUGCCUCCAUUAAUCCCAGAUACACCUCUUGAAUCGUGGCCAGUUGACAAGACUAAGCAAGAAGAAGUGGUAAGGGAGCAUUCAUGUAAUCUUAUACUUUUAUUUUAUAAUAGCCUACUUGUACAUGAUAUGCAAAGUGUGUGGCCUCCAGAACUUUAGAAAGUGCAUCCUUUCUAAAGGUCUUCCAGUUCUUCCUUUAGAUAUAUAGAAGCAUUGAAAAAUCAGACCCUAUAUAUUAUCCAGAUGUAUCAAGUGGCACAUUCCUGGUUUACCACUCUGAGAUGCAUCUCAAAAAAAUUACCACGAUUAAUUGUCUUUGGCAAAACAAGAAUGGUUCAGCAUCUUGAAAGUCUGCUAGCUUACUGUUGCAGAAUCUUCCAGGGACAUCCUGAAAGUUGCACAGAC